GACUUGUUCAAAAUAGAAAAAGAAACAAUUACAGAAAUUCUCCCACUCCCCUUGCAGUAGUGUAUGUGUAUUCAGAAUUGCAUACGUAACAAUUAAUUUCACUGUUUGAUUAAAUCUUACGCAAGAUACCAUUUUGUAUUUUAUAUUAAACCAACAUAAAGUUUACUUUGAGUUAGUAUAACACCAUUGUGAGUCCAUCAUGUUGCCGAACCUAAAGGCGCGUCGUAUCACUGGCCUGCAGCUGGCAGGUAAACACCUGGGUCCAGUGGCCAAAUGUCCGCCUAGGUAUUCCGAGGAGGACUGGGACUACAACAACAAGAUUAAGUUCCGCAUUACCUGCGACCAAGAGAAGCUAGCUGAGCGCAUUGUCGAGGAGUCCCGUCGCGUGGUCGAUGAGACAAAGGACACCACCAAGAAUUGGCAGCGUGAGGUGGAGCAUCAUAUGCGCGAGCGCACUAGCGAGAUUCGCUUCCUGGUAGACGAACUGAAUCGUCAGAAGAAGACAGCUAUGUUGGAAGAUGAAACUCUCAACACGUAUCGCAAUCGCGUGCUAAAUGCCAUUGAGUUCCUCAAGGAUAAGUCACUGGCUAUAUGCAAGCAGUGCCUAAUAUUGCGCGAGGGACGCAUUGGUGUCGAUCUCUGCGAUGAUGAGGUGGAUCGCUCAUUGCGACGCGAACUGAAGGUCAUCAAAGGUUGUCAGGGUUUGGCCGAUGCCGCGCUCAAGGAGGCCGAGGAGCAGAUACGCAAGCUGCGAGCAGCCAUGUAUCUGUUGGAUCAGGAUCUAUCGGCCAAGGAUAAAUCGCUGGCUAUUGACGAGAAGAAUCUGAAGCUGAAGGACUUUCAGCAGGAUCUUGGCAAAGGCCAGGAUUUAUCCAAGCAGCACUGCCAAUUCUCGUUGACUGAGUGGCAGGCUCAGACCUAUGAGAAUCUGGAGGCUAAUGCCAAGGCUCUGGUAUCCGCCGGGCAGCUGCGUGCCUAUAUAGAUCUGUUGUUGAAGCAGAUCUGCGAGGAUAUGCAGAACCAGACGGAUCGUACCAAUGAGGCCUUCGAGCGUCGAAUUGCGGAGACAAAGCAUGUAAAGCAGUGUUUGGAGAACAAGCAUAAGGACACAAUGGACCACAUCCAUCAGGUGCAGAGGAAUAUGAAUGAGUUAGAUCGUGAGAUGUCGGACAAGCAGAGGGCCAUAACCCUCUGCCAGACGCGUCUCAGCAAUCGCGCUCAUCGCCCUGGGUUGGAGUUGACGUGUGACAUGGUUCAAGAUGCACUUUACAAUGAGCUGCAGGCCUUGAAGGCAUCGGUCUGCAAAUUGAACCAGAAAAUGAACGAGAACAAAGCGUCGAUGCGCUAUCUAAUGCAUGUUCAGGUCAUGCAAGAGGAGGAGAUCAACAUCAAAGCAAAUAGCUGCAAGAUUGACGAGGUCGACUGCAUGACUCUACGCCAGGCACUCAAAUACACAUCGUUCUAGUCUAAUGUUUCGAGCGAAUGAGCUUCAGCAACCACUUUAAUUGUGCUCCAUGUAACACUACUUAACCAAAUUUAAAUUACAUGUGCAUUUCCCGUUCAAUAUCAAAUUAUUACUUGUAGACGAUUAAUAAAGUGAAUUAUGCA